GAAUGGAAUGAAAACAAUGUGGAGCGCAGCUGUCAAUCAGGCGCGUCCCAGCUCCGGCCCACAUUCUGAGAGGGAGCAGCGAGCGGAGGAUAGUCGCCGAGCGACAGCCCGAACGGUGCAGCGGCUGCCUGGAUAGCACCAGCACUACUAGCAAGACCCUUGUCUCCAAAAGCGGGGCCGGAACACCAGUGAAAAACAACGCAACAUGGUGUCGCUGGCAGAUUGAAAUGCAUUUUCUCCCUGCUCUGGAAUGCGGUUGCUUGGGCCGAGGUGCGUUCCUUUGGCUUUCAUCCGCAUAACUUCGCGCAAAAAAGAGAGAAACUGCGGUGACUCCAAACUGCCUGCAUUUACACCCCAUUAAAUCGGAGACAGUCCUGGGUAGACGAUCUGUGCUUUUUUUUUAAAGCUAAAGAUGCCCAUGAGAAUGAAAUGAACACAAAUUGGAAGACCACGAGUGAACAUCUUUGAUUGCAACAAACUAUUAAAACUUCCUGAAAAUCUGCCUCAAAAAAACCUGCAAAAAGAGCUUAUUUAUGAAAAGCAAAAGUUGUUUCUGUGAUGAGGCCAAAGACAUUUCCAGCCACUUCAUAUGCAGGAAACAGCCGCCAAAGACUACAGGAAAUUCGGGAGGGAUUGAAGCAACCUCCUAAAUCUUCAAAUCAGGGUUUGAAUGGUGGCACUAACAGUGAAGCCCAACUUGAUCCGAAAGCCACUGCUGGAAAAGAUGCCACCAGACAGCAACAGAUGCGACCUGUCCCAAAAUUUGGCCCUUAUCAGAAAGCUCUCCGUGAAAUCAGAAACUCCCUGAUGCCAUUUGCAAAUGAGUCGGGUCAAUCCAUUAGUGUUGAAGUAAACCGGCAGAUGCUGCAAGAAUUGGUGAAUGCUGGAUGUGAACAGGAGAUGGCGAUCCGAGCUCUCAAGCAGACUGGUAGCAGAAGCAUCGAAGCAGCUCUGGACUACAUAAGCAAGAUGGGUUAUCUGGACCCUCGGACUGAACAGAUUGUACGAGUUAUUAAGCAAACUUCACCAGGAAAGGGUAUUGGGCCUCAUCUUGAUCGUAGACCAAGUUUUGAAGGAUCAAAUGACUCUUUGGCUGCCUAUCAUCAGAUGGGAAAUCCGAUCUACGAAGUAGCAGAUUCUGGAGCCGAGAGUGGAAAUAUACAUAGUGAACUGUCACUGCAAUAUGCAAAUACAUCUAAUAUUAACUUUUUAGUUGCUGCUGGACAAGCUAUGGCUGUUAAUGCUCCUGGACAGAGAUGCUCCCCCAUAGGACCACAUCCUACAAUCAGUGUACAGAAUCCUCCAUCUAACAAUAUAUUCCCACCCAUUGCUUGUGAUAUUAAACAUCAACAAAAAACAUAUUCAGCCAAAGGUGAGACAGGCCAAACGUUUCAAAUGAUUGGCUACACUCUCUCCAAUCAUGGUGGCCAACCAAUUGCAUUACAAGGCUCUCAGGUGUCAACUAACCCCCAUUACCUGAGGCAGCAUUUAAUAGCUCAAGGAGACAGCACUGUUUCCUUUGGUUAUCCUGUCCAAAGAAGCUCAUCUUUUCAAUGUAAGAUGCCACAAGAGGGAAGUUAUGGAAGCCUUCAGAAUAAAAGCCCUGUCACUCAAGGCAUUGCUGCCCACACCUUCCAGCAACCUCCAACAGUUCUAUACUUGCCACAGUCCCACCAUAGACAACAAAGUCCUACUACUCCUCAAAUACAGAUAUUGCCAAAUCUUGCUCCGCCGUUUGGGAAUGACUUUGCUGAACUCGCCCCAAGCAUGAUGGCACCUUCAAGGAAUAGCCUGAACAUGGAGAUGUUUGACAUUAACCCUUCCCAGGUGCAACAUUGGCAAGUACCAUCUCCAACAAGAAGGGAUUCCUUGCAGAACACUGGGCUAGAAACAUUGCCAAGAUCAGCUGGCCACCUGAGGCCAGAUGCCAAAAUUCCAAAUCGAACCAAUUCGUUCAAUAGUAAACUGCAGACGUCGCCAUCUGUGAGACAAGUUCAGACGAGCAAAGCAGAACCAUCUCAUAACACUACCAAUACUAUCACAGCAGUCACCUCCACCCCUAUUCUUCAGCCAGUCAGGAGCAUUCGAGUUCCAAGACCUGAGCCUCAGACAGCGGUGGCACCUUCUCAUCCAGCGUGGCUACAGACUCAGGGCACCGAUGGCAAUGAGGUGAUGGAUCAAAAGCCAUUGGCGGUAGGUGGGGCUGCAGCCUAUCCUCUGGAACCUGUCGAUUACACCAUGAAAGAGCGCCGAUGUCCCCCACCACCUUAUCCAAAGCACUUGCUGCUUCAGAGCAGCGCAGAGCAGUUCGAUGCCAACACCCUCUGCAAGGGUGUGGACCAAAGUAUGCGUGGUAUUCAUGAUCUGACGCGGAAAGAAACUGAAGGCAGCAGCACUCUCAAGAGCGAGAAAAACAGCAAGCCCAACAAACUGGAGAAGAUGGGGAAAGAUAAAAAACUUAUUCAAACAUCACCAGUACCAGUGCGCAAAAACAGCAAGGAUGAGGAGAAGAGAGAAUCAAGAAUUAAAAGUUACUCUCCUUUUGCUUUUAAAUUCUUCAUGGAACAACAUGUGGAAAACAUAAUGAAAACGUACCAACAAAAAUUAAAUCGACGGUUGCAGUUGGAGCAAGAGAUGUCAAAGGCAGGGCUCUCUGAGGCAGAGCAAGAACAAAUGAGGAAAAUGCUUAAUCAGAAAGAAUCCAAUUACAACAGACUGAAAAGGGCAAAAAUGGACAAAUCGCUGUUUGUGAAGAUCAAGACACUGGGAGUUGGUGCUUUUGGGGAGGUCUGCCUGGCCCAAAAAGUAGACACCAACGCUCUGUAUGCAAUGAAAACUCUGCGGAAGAAGGAGGUGUUGAGUCGUAAUCAAGUGGCUCACGUGAAAGCCGAGAGGGACAUUCUGGCUGAAGCUGACAAUGAAUGGGUAGUCAAGCUUUACUAUUCUUUCCAAGAUAAAGACAGCUUGUACUUUGUGAUGGACUACAUCCCCGGUGGGGAUAUGAUGAGUCUCUUGAUACGAAUGGGAGUGUUCCCAGAGUCACUGGCCAGAUUUUACAUUGGAGAACUGACGUUAGCCAUUGAGAGUGUCCACAAAAUGGGAUUCAUCCAUCGGGAUAUUAAACCCGACAACAUCCUGAUUGAUCUCGAUGGACACAUUAAACUCACUGACUUUGGUCUUUGUACUGGGUUCAGGUGGACACAUGAUUCCAAAUACUAUCAGAAAGGGACCCAUGCCAGGCAGGACAGCAUGGAGCCAAGUGAUCUUUGGGGAGACUUGUCUGACUGCAAGUGUGGUGAUAGAUUAAAGACCCUUGAAAGAAGGGCUGCCCGGCAGCACCAAAGAUGCCUCGCACACUCAUUGGUUGGAACUCCAAACUAUAUAGCUCCUGAGGUUCUAGUACGAAAAGGAUACACACAACUGUGUGAUUGGUGGAGUGUGGGCGUUAUACUGUUUGAGAUGUUAGUGGGGCAGCCUCCUUUUCUUGCUCCAACUCCUGCAGAAACUCAAAUUAAGGUAAUAAAUUGGGAGAGCACGCUGUACAUUCCGCCACAAGUAAAACUUAGUCCUGAAGCAAUAGACCUCACCACAAAACUUUGUUGUGGAGCCGGUGACAGACUGGGUGGAAAUGGAGCAGAUGAAAUCAAGGCUCAUCCUUUCUUUUCCUCCAUUGAUUUUUCUAAAGACAUCCGCAGACAGCCGGCACCAUAUGUUCCAAAGAUCAGCCAUCCCAUGGACACCUCGAACUUCGAUCCAAUAGAAGAAGAGAAUUCAUGGAAUGACAGCAGUGACAGUACCAAAACCUCUGAAACAUUAGCCAGUCACGUUGGUGGUAACAAGCAUCCAGAACAUGCGUUUUAUGAGUUCACUUUCCGAAGGUUCUUUGAUGACCAUGGUUAUCCCUUUCGGUACCCAAAACCCUUAGAAAACACUGAGCUCAAAGAAGGUCAGUCAGAUAUGAGUCAGAGCGAGUCUGUUGACCAUGGUGAAAGCUAUCAACCAGUGUAUGUUUAGAGACAAUAUGUAACUUUAUCUGCUAUUUGUGUUUUUUUUUCCAUUGGUGCAGAAUUUAAAACUGUAAAAUUUACCAAAAAUCUGUGGCUGAAAACAGAUAGCACUUACCUUGUGUCGUGACAUAUUAUACUCUCUUGGGAUAAUUGGCUCUUGCUGCUAAAUAUUUAAAAAAUGUAUUAUAUUUAGUAUUGACACUAAUUUUAUAGCAGAGAAUAGAACUAGAGAAUAGAGAAUACACUCUGGUUAGAUCUAGAAUAUACAGACAGGAUUGCAAAUAUAUACAGAAAGCUGAAAAGUUAUGAAAAAUGGUUAAGUGCAAUAAUAUGUAAAUCAACGUUUUAUAUAUAGUCAUUAAUAUCUGUAAUACAAUAAUAAACACUUUUUUGUUAAUUUUAUAAUCUAUAUUGAAGAUCUAGAGCAAAUUGGAUAACAUAAAAGUACCUACUAAAGGCUCAGCAGGUCAAGCAGCUUCUAUGGUGGGAAAGGAAUUGACAAUGUUUCUGUUCAAGACCCUCCACAGUUGCUGCCUGCCCUACUGAGUUCCUCCAGCAGUUUUUAUUUUGCUCCAGAUUACAGCAUGUGCAGUCUCUUGUGUCUUGAUAACACCAAUGCUGCUUUUGAUCUUUUAUGAUUUAUAUAUAUAUAUAAAUAUAUAUAUAUAUAUAAGUAUUUUUCAAUAUUACAAAAAAAUGUGAUAGCAAUUUGACAAGUGGAUAAUGCUUUGCGAUAUGCUUUGGUGUUCAACUGAGGCAUAAAUAAUGAUUUCAACUUUUGGGUUAAAGUAGUUUAGGAAAUGUGUGUAUAACACGGGCAGGACCUGUGUGAAUCUGUUCAUUUACAAUAAUUAAAGAAAGUAAGCUCCUUGUAAUUCUGCCUCUUUAAUACUGUUUAUAAUCAAGCCUUUUACAUGUUCUCCAUCUCUUGUUUUUUUCCGUAUAACAUAUUCAUAAAAUAUUAAAAUAUUAAAUAUUA